AUGUACUCCAAGAAAACAGACCUAAGGGAUCCUGACGUGACUGUGGCAGCUGCUAUUACGAGUGUAAGCGGCUUCAGUUUCCAGCACGAGACGUUGUGUAAGCAAAGUAGCGUACAGAGCAAACCAAUCGAAGGUUGGGAAGAGCUCUUUGGCGUUGAAAAGUCGACUCAGAGGUGGACAUUUGAGCCGUUAAGAAGCUGGGAAGGGUAUCUGCUUGCUGAGAGCGCCGGCAGCACGUUUUGA